AUGGAUAAAUACAAGUACCGCGUAGAAAUUCAGCAAAUGAUGUUUGUCUCAGGGGAGAACAACGAUCCACCUGUAGAGACCACAUGUCUCAUAGAAGACAUAGUUCGUGGCCAAGUUUCUGAAAUAUUGUUGCAAUCAAAUAAGACAGCAUACAUCAGGGGAAGCAAAAGUAUCCUCCCCGAGGACGUGAUCUUUUUGAUCCGCCAUGACAGAGCCAAAGUAAAUAGGCUUCGAACCUAUUUGUCUUGGAAAGACCUCCGCAAAAACGCGAAGGAUCAAGAUGCAAAUGCGGCAGCAGCAGGCAAUGCUGGCGGCGGUGGAGACGGCGCAGAUGCUGCACUUGAAGAAGAGGAAAAGAAGGGCGAUAAAGACGGCGGCAAUAUGAUGAGGGUCAAGAAAUCUCAAAUAAAGCUGCCCUGGGAGCUGCAGUUCAUGUUUAAUGAGCAGCCUUUGGAGACAAAUGAAGAUGCUGACGAUUUGGACGAAGACGAACGGGAAGCUAACGUUGCUACGCUUAAAAGACUUAAAAUGGCCGACGAUAGGACUAGAGAUAUGACCAAAGAAGAAUACGUGCAUUGGUCAGAUUGCCGUCAAGCCAGUUUCACCUUCAGGAAGGGAAAGCGAUUCAAAGAUUGGUCGGGGAUCACACAGCUUACCGAGGGUAAACCCCACGACGAUGUCAUCGACAUUCUGGGGUUUCUUACGUUCGAGAUUGUAUGUGCCUUAACCGAGAAAGCGUUGAAAUUUAAGAAACGAGAAGAACUCUUGCAAACAAAGAAAGACAAGUCCCAAAAAUCACAGCCCGACUUCGUAAUUGAUACCACGCGAGAACGCAAAAAGAGGUUAUUCGAUGGUCCCGAUAAUGUAGUAAACCCUUUAAAACCAAAGCAUGUCGAAGAAGCGUGGCGAGCACUGCAAGCAAUCGAUAUGAGGCACCGCGCCCUCACAAACUUCAAGGGCGGGCGGCUAAGUUCACGGCCUGCAAUUAUGUAA